AUGCCAUCGCGUCUCGGCGACUUCGACGACAUUUGCUGCACCGAUGCGCCGACCACCCUUGCACAUGCGCACUUUUUUGCUCGGCAGCGCUCGGCUGUCCCCGCCGUCUCCUCCGAGCGUGACCGGAUUCGCGCGAUUGCAGAGAUGGAGACUACGACUACCAACGGCUUCCUGAGCGACGACGAGGAAUUGUUUGUUAAUGGGGGUACCGAAGAGCCGCCGCCAUUUACCUUUCAAUCCUACCUCAGCGACGACGACGAUGCGCCCGAUCCCUUGACUCUGGACGAAAUAGCCAAAGUGUCCCUCGCAGCCCUCGAUGGCUUUAGAUCGCCCUCGACAGACGAAAAGGAACCUCCGCCGGCCACAGACGAGGGACAAAAUGAUGGGACUAUUGAUACUUCCGCCGACGAGUCUCAGAAAGGGCCACGGCAUGUCAACAUUGAAGUGCGGUUACCGUGGAUACCGCCGGUGCAACGGGCGAGGUACCUGAAACUCAAGGUGGAAGACUACCGGGCCGAAGAACACGACUACCUGAGAACGAGGAGGACACGGCAUAGGGACGGCGAAUUCGAUUAUGCGGAGCAGUUUGGCACCCGAAAGAGGAGACGGGCCGCCGAUGAAGAUUACGCUAGCUACGACGAAUUAGACUCGGCCGAGGAUGACGUGGAAAUCGGACGCGGUCCUCGUCAGAGGGUAGGACCGAUAGAUGAUUUUCUGGAGGCCAGCAACCGCCGACGCAGCACACGCGCGAGCACACGCGGGAGCACACGCGCCAGUUCCCACCUCGUCUCUAGCGAAGGCGAACGCGGAACAGAGACAAGGCGGGGGCGGCAUCUGCGGCCCAGAGCCAGCGUCGCUCUCAAUCUCGGCUCCCAAUACGACGAUAGAGAUGAGCUCCAGGCCUCAGACGGAGAUGCCAAUGACCCGACUUUCGCCUUCGUUCAGUCUGAUAUUGUCAAAGGGAAGAGGAGGAAGCGGCUUAAGAGGGGCACUGCACAAACGAAGUCACUGUUGACCCGCAACCGGUCGAUGGGCGACGACUCCGAUAUCGAGUUCGAGUCUCGACGUCGUUCAUCGCGCCCCAACAAGUCUACUCGAGUCAUGACAGAUACCUAUGUCGACGACGAUGACGACAUCUACUACAUUGAGGAGGAGAGGACUCCGGUGGUACCCAAGGUCGCCGGCGUGCGAGAGGUUUUCAAGGCGGCGUCCUAUGAGUUUAAGGAAGCUCAUCGGCCCGUCUGUGACUCUUGCGGUUACGGCGACGACCAUAACAAGGGGCCCAUGAUAAACUGCCAGGGUUGUUCAAACUCGUACCACAAGGCUUGCAUCGGGAUCCGUAGCGUUCGGGACCACCGCGUCACCAAGGUCGCAGCCGAUUCCUUUGUGAUGCAAUGCAAGUUCUGCAUUUGCAUCCACCAGAAGAAGGAUGCCCGCGCUCCCAGCCACGACGUCUGCCAGGGCUGCCACACAAAAGGCCAGUCAUGCGUGCCUUUCUCAGAGAGGAAGACGCCGAAGCAGGAGGAGACCCUGCGUAACGAGAACGGCGGCGUGGACCCCAUUACCCCCGUCGACCCAAAGCUGGUCAAUAACCCAAACAACGUUCUGUUCCGCUGCGGCCGCUGCCAUUGUGCCUGGCACUACGAGCACCUCCCCCACCCCAACGGGUCGCGCGACCCGGCCAUUGAUGACCCGCUCAACUUACGCAAGCAUCGUCGCGAAGAAUACCAGAUCACCUGGACCUGCAAGGGCUGCCAGGAUACCGAGGAGGAAAAGGUGGACAGAGUCGUGGCCUGGCGCCCGCUGGACUCCAAGACCUACCAAAAGGGCCAGUCGAUCACCGACUUUGGCGAAGACAACCUCGAGUAUCUCCUCAAGUGGGAAAACAAGUCCUAUAACCAUUGUGUGUGGAUGCCGGGUGCCUGGUGCCACGGGGUCGUCAAGGCAGCGAUGCGACAGGCUUUCAUCAAGCGCACUUUCGGAGAGGCCUCUGACGAGGCCAUCGAUGGCGAGCGCCAGAAUACCGACUCGCUUCUCCGGUGGACAGAAAAGGAGGCGAUCCACGACGUUUGGGUCACGCCCGACAUUAUCCUCGACGUUCACUACGCCCCGAGGUCGCGCGAAGACGACAGGAAGUACAGGGCCAAGUCCGUCAAGGACAAGUUCGAAGAUGAUUUGAGCCGCAUCUACCAUGUCAUCAAGAUCUACGUCAAGUUUGAGGGCCUGGGCUACGACGACGCCGUCUGGGACACCCCUCCGGCUCCUGAUGCGGGUCCCAUCUACGACGCCUUCUGCGAAGCAUAUCGCGAGUUUCUCAACGGCAAGCACUUCCAGUCUGAGCCCUGGGUCAAUAUGAGGGACCGGAUCGAGGAUUUCCGCCAGCGCGACUUCCGCACCGAUAUCGAAGUCAAGCAGCAGCCAAAGGGAUUACAGCGGGGGAAGCUAAUGCAAUACCAACUCGACGGCCUCAACUGGAUGCUCUACAACUUCCGUGAGGAGCGUAGCGUCAUUCUCGCCGAUGAGAUGGGUCUCGGCAAGACCGUCCAGGUCGUCGCCCUGCUUUCGAGCUUCAUCCAGGACAACCCAAAGGUCUGGCCGUUUCUGAUCGUCGUGCCCAAUGCGACAUGUCCCAACUGGCGCCGCGAGAUCAAGAAGUGGGCUCCCGAUCUCCGCGUUGUGGCAUACUACGGCGGAAGGGUCUCGCAAUCCCUAGCCCUACAGUACGAGCUCUUCCCCAACGGGACCAAGAAUAUGAAGGCACACGUGGUCAUCAUGUCGUACGACUCGGCCAAAGACAAUGAGACGCGCCUCCGGUUUGCCAACACCAAGUGGGCCGGCUUAGUCGUCGACGAGGCGCAGGCCCUCAAAAACGACGAGAAUACGCUUUACCGGGCCCUCAGCGCCUUGCGCAUCCAGUUCAAGCUGCUGCUUACCGGAACGCCCUUGCAGAACAACAAGCGCGAGCUGUUCAACCUCCUCCAGUUCAUCAACCCGACCGUCAGGGCGGAGCGCCUUGAUGAGCAGUUUGCUCAGAUUACGUCGGAGAACUUGCCCGAGUUGCACCGGUUGAUCCGCCCCUACUUUCUUCGCCGGACGAAAGCCGAGGUUCUUACAUUCCUGCCGCCCAUGGCCCAGAUCAUUCUGCCCGUCAGCAUGAGCGUCCUGCAGGAGAGACUGUGCAAAUCCAUCCUGGAGCGGAACCCCGAGCUCAUCCGCUCCGUCUUCGUGCAGGGCAAAUUGAAGGCCCAUGAGAGGGGCAGCCUGAGCAAUAUCCUGAUGCAGCUACGCAAGUGCCUGUGUCACCCUUUCAUUUACAGCCAAGCCAUUGAGGACCGGACUACGUCGGCGGAGCUCACGCGGCGCAACCUGGUGGAGGCUUCAUCGAAGCUCAUGCUGCUGGAGAUUAUGCUGCCCAAGCUUAAGGAGCGCGGCCACCGCGUGUUGAUGUUCAGCCAGUUCUUGGAUCAGCUCACAGUCCUGGAGGACUUCCUAGCCGGCUUGGGGCUGAAGCACGAGCGUCUCGACGGCAGCCAGUCGAGCAUGGAGAAGCAGAGGAAGAUCGACGCAUUCAAUGCUCCCGACUCUGACAUCUUCAUUAUGCUGCUGUCCACGAGAGCCGGCGGCGUGGGGAUCAAUUUGGCCACCGCGGACACCGUCAUCAUUCUCGACCCCGACUGGAACCCUCACCAGGAUAUCCAGGCUUUGUCGCGUGCUCAUCGUAUUGGCCAGCGCAAGAAGGUGCUGUGCUUUCAACUUAUGACGGUGGACUCGGCCGAGGAGAAGAUCCUCCAAAUCGGUCGCAAAAAGCUGGCCUUGGAUCAUCUGCUGAUCGAGACGAUGGAUAACGAGGAGGAAGCGCCCAACGACGUCGAGUCUGUGCUCAAGCACGGCGCCGCCGCUCUGUUCGGCGAAGGUAAAAAGAAGGAUGCGAUUACUUACGACUCGACCGCAGUCGACAAGCUGUUGGAUCGGUCCAUGGUAGAGGAGACCAAGACGGACGAGGAUAAGUCGGCGGAAUCUGCGUUUUCUUUUGCUCGUAUCUGGGCCAACGACGAGGGUGCGCUCACGGAGGAUCUGGAGGAGACCGAGCAGACUAUCAACCUGAGCGUCUGGGACCAGAUCCUGCAGCAACGCGCGGAGGCGGCUCGGCGGGAGGCAGAGCGCACCAUGGAGACGCUCGGCCGCGGAGGUCGUCGCCGUGGAGCCGCCAAUUACACCGGGCCCCGGUUCGAGUUCGACGAAAACCAGGAGGCCGCUCCCGCAGACAGCGAGGCCGACGUCGACGGCGAUUUCGUCGGCAGCGAGAAGAGCGAGCCCGAGUCUAGCGACGAGGAAACCGGGCGGACGGAGUCCGAGCCAGACGACGGCGAAACCGCGGUCCGGCAUCUCCUCGACACCGUCGACGCCAAAGCAGCCAAGGGCCAAAAAUCCACCACAGCCGCAGUCCUCCGGCCCCCGCCAGCCCAAGACCCCAACGAAGUCGCCCAGGCAGCCCAAAGCGCCCAAAAGUCCGGCCACGGCCGGUCGCGCAAAGACGCAAAGCCGCCGGGCCGCCACCAAGCUACCACUGCGGCCACUCGAACUGGAGCCGCAGCCGCAGCAGCCGGCCUCCCCCGCGGAGCAAACCCCGGUCAACGAGACCCCCCCCGCGGCGCCGGCGGGCUCGGCCUGACCACCAACGACCGCCUAGCCGCCAUCCCAAUCCACAGCACCACCCCCAUCCCCGUACCCAAGAUUCCUUCCCACCGCCCUACCACCACUACCACCACCACAACCCUCCCCACCAUGGCCUGUUGGCCAACAGCAACAACAGCAACAACAACCAACGGCACCACCCAACCCACCUUCCGCCCUACCGCGCCCUCAUCACACCCACACCCACUCCCAUCCCCAUCACCCGCAUCCCCAUCCCCCUCCUCCCCCCCACCACCAGCAGCAGCAGCACCACCACCAACAACACAACCAACAACCAAAAUCGAAGUCCAGCUCCCGCGCCAGCCGUGCUUCGUCUGCCACUUCAUGCACCCAGAGACAUGGGAGUGUCCCGAGAUGCGGUCGGAAGUGCAGCUGCGGCUGGCGAUGGACCGGCUGAAGCAGGCGCGGGCGAGGGCGGGGGGCGCGGUGGGGGGUGCUGGGGGCGCGGUGCUGGCGAAGAGGUGGGCGUUUUUGAUGGGGAAGUUGAGGGGGGUUAGGCGGAAUGGGGAGGGGGGGGAUGGGGAUGAGAAUAAAGGGGGGGGGGGAUAG